AUGGCUAAGAUAUUUCCUAUCAUCACUUUAGUGAUUUUGUGUGCUGUUAUUACAGCAAAUGCAAGAAAAUGUUACGUUUGCCGCGACUGCCAGAAAGUAAAUUCAAGUCACGAAAAAAUAUGUCCAAGCAAAAGACCAACCACUGAUGCACCAAGCACUGACAAACCGAGCACUGACAAGCCCAGCACUGAUGCACCUAGCACUGACAAGCCCAGCACUGAUGCACCUAGCACUGACAAGCCCAGCACUGACAAGCCGAGCACUGAUGCACCUAGCACUGACAAGCCCAGCACUGAUGCACCUAGCACUGACAAGCCCAGCACUGAUGCACCGAACACUGACAAGCCCAGCACUGACAAGCCGAGCACUGAUGCACCUAGCACUGACAAGCCCAGCACUGAUGCACCUAGCACUGACAAGCCCAGUACUGGUGCACCUAACACUGACAAGCCCAGCACUGAUGCACCUAGCACUGACAAGCCCAGCACUGAUGCACCUAACACUGACAAGCCCAGCACUGAUGCACCUAGCACUGACAAGCCCAGCACUGACAAGCCGAACACUGAUGCACCUAGCACUGAUGCACCUAGCACUGAUAAGCCCAGCACUGACAAGCCGAGCACUGAUGCGCCUAGCACUGACAAGCCCAGCACUGAUGCACCUAGCACUGACAAGCCCAGCACUGACAAGCCCAGCACUGACAAGCCCAGCACUGACAAGCCGAGCACUGAUGCACCUAGCACUGAUAAGCCCAGCACUGACAAGCCGAGCACUGAUGCACCUAGCACUGACAAGCCCAGCACUGAUGCACCUAGCACUGACAAGCCCAGCACUAAUGCACCUAGCACUGACAAUCCCAGCACUGAUGCACCUAGCACUGACAAGCCCAGCACUGAUGCACCUAGCACUGAUGCACCUAGCACUGAUAAGCCCAGCACUGACAAGCCGAGCACUGAUGCACCUAGCACUGACAAGCCCAGCACUGAUGCACCUAGCACUGACAAGCCCAGCACUGAUGCACCUAACACUGACAAGCCCAGCACUGAUGCACCUAGCACUAACAAGCCCAGCACUGAUGCACCUAGCACUGACAAGCCCAGCACUGAUGCACCUAGCACUGACAAGCCCAGCACUGAUGCACCUAGCACUGACAAGCCCAGCACUGAUGCUCCUAGCACUGACAAGCCCAGCACUGAUGCACCUAGCACUGACAAGCCCAGCACUGAUGCACCUAGCACUGACAAGCCCAGCACUGACAAGCCGAGCACUGAUGCACCUAGCACUGACAAGCCCAGCACUGAUGCACCUAGCACUGACAAGCCCAGCACUGAUGCACCUAGCAGUGACAAUCCCAACACUGAUGCACCUAGCACUGAUAAACCAAGCACUGAUGCACCUAGCACUGACAAGCCCAGCACUGAUGCACCUAGCACUGACAAGCCCAGCACUGACAAGCCGAGCACUGAUGCACCUAGCACUGAUGCACCUAGCACUGAUAAGCCCAGCACUGACAAGCCGAGCACUGAUGCACCUAGCACUGACAAGCCCAGCACUGAUGCACCUAGCACUGACAAGCCCAGCACUGAUGCACCUAACACUGACAAGCCCAGCACUGAUGCACCUAGCACUAACAAGCCCAGCACUGAUGCACCUAGCACUGAUAAGCCCAGCACUGAUGCACCAAGCACUGAUAAACCAAGCACUGAUGCACCUAGCACUGACAAGCCCAGCACUGAUGCACCUAGCACUGAUAAACCAAGCACUGAUGCACCUAGCACUGACAAGCCCAGCACUGAUGCACCUAGCACUGACAAGCCCAGCACUGAUGCACCUAACACUGACAAGCCCAGCACUGAUGCACCUAGCACUGAUAAGCCGAGCACUGAUGCACCUGGUACUGACAAGCCCAGCACUGAUGCACCUAGCACUGACAAGCCCAGCACUAAUGCACCUAGCACUGACAAGCCCAGCACUGAUGCACCUAGCACUGACAAGCCCAGCACUGAUGCACCUAGCACUGACAAGCCCAACACUGAUGCACCUAGCACUGACAAGCCCAGCACUGAUGCACCUAGCACUGACAAGCCCAGCACUGAUGCACCUAGCACUGACAAACCCAGCACUGAUGCACCUAACACUGACAAGCCCAGCACUGAUGCACCUAGCACUGACAAGCCCAGCACUGAUGCACCUAGCACUGAUGCACCUGGCACUGACAAGCCCAGCACUGAUGCACCUGGCACUGACAAGCCCAGCACUGAUGCACCUAGCACUGACAAGCCGAGCACUGAUGCACCUGGCACUGACAAGCCCAGCACUGAUGUACCUAGCACUGACAAGCCGAGCACUGAUGCACCUAGCACUGAUAAACCAAGCACAGACGCUCCCAGCACUGGCGGGGCAAACACUGAUACACCAAGCACCGAUGCACAAGGCGCUGACCACUGA